UAUUUGAAGAAAUAUAUAUAGUAUAUGUUAUGUGUAUGUAUGUUGUAACAUAAAAAGAAACACAAUCAAGAAUGGCGAGGACAAGUAGCCAGGCCUCAGUGCCGAUGAACUUGUUCGCAACAUGGGACAUUGAUCGGUCAUCGGCAAACUGCAUACCAAGAAUCUGCAACAUGACCAUUUGUAAACUGAAAGUAACCAAAGAAUUAGACAAAGACAUGCAGUCCGUGUUCAUUGCUGUUAAAAUGCAGGGACAAAAAAGAGUUUUUCGUUCGAAUGAAAUCUUUCUUGAGAAUGGAGGUUUGGUCAACGCCGAUCUGGAACUCAUGUUCUCACUUCAGUACCCACAUUUCGUGAAACGUGAUGAAAACAGGCUCCAGUUAAUGUUGCAAAGAAAAAAGAGAUACAAGAACCGCGCAAUGUUGGGGUACAAGACCUUAGCUGUGGGAAGAGUGGAUAUGGCUCAGAUUAUCCAGUAUCCUAUCUGCCAUAACUCGAACUUGGAUUUGUUUGCGGCUGGUAAAGAUCAGAAUGUGACAGUGGCCGCUCAUAUUACCCUCUCCUGCAUGACCAGCGUACCUAUAGAUGCCGACAUUGAGACUGAACGUAAUGGAAAGCAUGGUGGGGCAGAUCGCUCCCCGGAUGUUGACAAUUACUCUGAGGACGAGGAAGAAAUGUAUUCGUCGGAUCCCGACCUUGGAAGCGACAACCCUCAGGAAUUCGCAGACGACGAGGCUCGAGCUCAGAAACAAAAGAAUCGUCAAAAACUAAGAAUGUCCUCUUCGUCAAGGCAACAAAACUUCAUCAAAACAAAAGUUGCAGCUCUGAUUCGAAGAUUCAAACAAGUGGCGGACGAGGGAUUAGAACCAGACCUGGGACCGGAUCCCGACAGUAACCCAGCCGAUCCGGUUGAUUACGAUUUUCUUUAUGAUGAAAUAGAAGACUUCAACUUGAGUGACAGCUGUCCCGAGAUCGAAGAUAACAUUAGUAUCGUGUCGACUCCGAAACCUAAAUUAAGGCCUUUCUUUGACCGAAUAUCCCACUCGAGCUCCCAGACAGAAAUCAGUAGUUUACGCGAUCAAGGGGGGCUGGAACAGGCGAGGGAGCCAACCGAUGAAAACUUCUUCAACAAUCUCGACAAUGACGACAACCAAGCCGCUGAUUCGUCCUCGAUUGACGGAGCCGGUGUGUUUGGGGAAUCCCCUGAAUGGAGCAAGCCUUCCCACAAUGCAAUAAAUGAAGGAAGUAGUCAACCAUUGUCGGGCCACACCAGCCACCCCUCCUCUGCACCAAGCUCCCCUAAGUCGGAUCAUAUGAAACAUCCAUCACAAGAUCACAUGAAACCAUCACAUGAUAAACCAUGGAGAAGAUCAUCUUCAUUGAAGGUGAAACCGGAUAAGAUGGAAUUGCCGAUCAUCCCGUUCGACCCGGACACGUUCCUUGGCACGGACGACGACAAACUUCCCGAUUCACUCAUGCUCAUCGACGGGAACGAUCGCCACGGUAGAACGAUUGCUACUAUGAUGUCAUCAUCGGGUAUUGCCCAACCAACCGUAACACGCAACCUCGCUGACUUGCAAACCGUGUUUACCAAGCUGGUGUUAAAGCUUCAGAAAUUCGUAAACAGCAACUCUGCCUCACCCUCCCCCAUCAAGGUCGGGGUCAUAGGUCGUGAACUCUACCUCGCUUACGUCUUGCGUUACUUCGUUGAGCAGUUAUCAGGGAAAUCCCCGGAUUGGCAAUCGUUUCUCGUUUUCUACGUCGUACCACUAGGUUCCCACCGUCUAGCCCGCCACAUGGGGUCACUAGAUGCUCGUUACGGUUCGCUCUUUACUGACCCCUUAUGGAGGGAAAAUGUGGAUAAACUUGAUGGGACGAAUACAACGGAGAGUGGUUGUGAUGCCAUAGUCACUCGUAUAAUGGAAUAUAUGGACGAAGCAUCCAAUGUUUUGCCGCUAACCAUCGCAGAAGCGAUGCUCACGUUCAGACAAACCGGGGAAGAAGGUUCUUCACAAAAGUUUAUCCCGUUUAUUUCGGAAAUACGGGUAGGGGAAAACGACCUGAUGUCAUCGUGCGACUCCGACAAGGAGGAAGGCGGAGUCGUCACUGCGGCCACGGCACCGUCAACCUCCCAAGCGCCAGUAAAUGUUACAUCCCCUCCUGCCUCACCGUCAGUACCAGCACCAUCCAUCGCUAUAAGUUCUACCACCACUACCAGCAGUAGUGGGCCACUGGAAGUUAAACUUGGGCUACAGGUUGAUUACUGGAAAGAAAAAGACAACAACAAAAACAGCUUAAAGACAAACUUUCGUUCGUUCCACGUCAGCUGCCUCCCGCUAGCUGGUGAUCGAGCUGUACAAUCGGGACUUAUACUCGAUGUUGUUACUAAAGGGAAAAAAAUGAUAAUGAGGUUGCCGGGAAAGAAAGGCAAAGAAAAGGAAGCUGAAUCGAAAUCCCAAGCCGUCGGGAGUAUUAAUAGGUUGAUCUGCACGUCUAAACAUCAAAACAGUUUACUAAGAGUGCAAGUUGAUGGGGUUGAAUGGAGGGACAUCAAGUUUUUCCAGCUAUCCUCACAUUGGUCCAGUCAUGUCAAUGCCUUUCCUGUGGCUUCUUUUAGUUCUAUGUCGUAAUUUAUGUGCAAUUUGUUUUAUGUCAAUCAUUUAUUUAUAACACUAAACCAUUUAAUAUUAUUGCUUACAAUUGGAAUGCCUCCACUCUAGUAUACACAGUUAGACAAUAAGUAUGAUAUAUAUAUUUCAAGCAAAAUGAUUUUACAACAAAGAC